UUUUUUCGUAGGUGUUUAAAUGUUCCUGUGACAGGCCACUCAUUUGAGGACACCCUUCUGAUGGCUGCAGCUACCAAACACGGUCUUCCACCUGAAACAGGUGUCAUAGAGUUCACGAAAACUGCAACAAAGCUAGGGUAAUUUUUUUUUCUGGUUCAUGAAUGCAUAAAAAGAAGACAAAUAAAGAAGAAAUAUAUUAAGCGAAAAUCAGGAAUGGAGAAGGGCACAGUAUAGUUAACUUAAAUUGCAAUGAUUAUUAUUAAUGCUACUUUUGUCAGUUUAGCUCAUUACUUCAAUGAUAUAAGGUCUAUAAAGCACGCGGCGAUCCUUGCUGGCCACCCACUACGCGCACGGGGUCCACUCACUUCAGGGCUGUAAUCGACAUGGCCAUCUUUCCCUACUAGCAGAGAAUACGUCCCGUUUAUUUUUGGUUAGAGAUAUAACUAAAAAAAAUGCCACGACAUCAGCAUUUUUGAAAACCUUAAGUUUUUGCCUUGCAUACAGCUAGACGAUAGACCGUCGGUUAACUCGGUAUUAUAGCUUGCGAUGCGUCGAGAAAGUUAGAAUGAGAGCGAACAAGGAUGGAGAAGGAGGGGAGAAUAUCUCCCACUCCUCCUUCUUUCCCUUUUUUCGCUCUAACUUUCGCAGGCUAUUGGUUUUUUAAGACUCUUCUUCAUUAUUUUGGUGUGGAUUCUGUGCCAGAACGUAUAAAAAUUAAUAUCAAAGAAAGUGCAGGACCAAACUGGCAUUCAAAGGACCUAAUAUUGUAGCUUUCCGGAAGCUGAGUACAAGAUUAUGUGACACAUUUCUAAUUAAUAAACUAGUAGUUUGAGAAUCCGUCUGCCGAUGGUAAUCCGACUGAUUAAUAGUCAGAGACGAGAGAGAGAUAGUCCAGAAUAGGUGAAACGUAAAAUCUCUCAGGUGUCUUCACUGUACCUCAAGAGUGUUGAAUUUGAUUGUCCUCCAGGUUGAACUUAGAUUCCGUAAAAGAGCACCUCAAGAGAUUUGCAGCUCUGGAUUCUGAUAAAGAUGGACAAAUAUCUCUACAAGAUUUUGCACUUCAUUACAAGCUACCUAUCUCUAGUCCUGUUAAGGAGCUCUUUUCCAUCUUUGACAGGGUAAUUAAGGACUUGAUUUUCACAACGUUCUCUUGUUAGGUUCGGAAAAGGUGGUUUGUUGUGAGAGAAAGGUGUAGACGAGCGUUCAUUGCGCUUUUGUGACUAGUUGGUUUGCCGUCAGCAUGGUUCACGGCUGCGAUGGAAGCGCAAGUGUAAUUACUCGUUUAAACAUUUUCCCUCUAAUUGCGUUUGCGUUUAUCCCCAGGUGCGUUUGCCCCUUGCCUCACGCCCGUGAAGAUCGUGAACGUGCCAAAACGUCAGAGUGCAUGACAGUUGAAGAGUGCGUGACAAAUCGAAAUCACGAAACAUUAGGGAGCUCAAGCAAGGGAGGUUUUCAGCGACGCAGAUCAGCCGGAAGUGAGCAACUUUUUCCUUUCAAUUAGCUGUAACGCUUCCAAAUUUGUAUUGCUGAGUGCCUUUAGUCACAUAAAGACGAUUUGACAAAAAAUUUGGGCAAAAUCAUUGCCUAAGAAUGAAAACAUUCCACUUCCGGUUGACGUGCGUGGCUGAAAAACGUCUUUGCUAAAGUUCCCUAUGACGCUGGAUGGUUUCGCGUUACGUGGGCUUCGUCAUCGUCCGUCCACCUAGAACCCUGGGAAAGAGGCUGAAGCUUCUUAUGUCUGAAGUGCUAUAAAUUGUGCGCGGAAAUAUAGUAAAUAGAGGAGGUUGAACUUUUUGGUUUGUUUGUCUUUCUUCGAGGAUUCUUGCCUCCUUAUAGACUGUAGCCUGCGUGCCGAAUGCGCCGUCCAGGAAUUCCUCCUUCAUGUCCUUUCUUUUCUAUUUUUUAGGAGAGCAACGGCGUUAUUAACUUCCGACAGUACUUGGUAGGAUCAGUUUGUUUGGUCAGGCUAGCAGCGAAAAAGGAAAUCGCUGAGAGUGCUUUAAAGGUAUUGUUUAACCUAUCUUUUGAAAGAGAAUUAACCUGUUCCACGCGUUCAAAUCGUGGGGACGGCAUAUGAGCAGAAAAAAAAAAACAGGGAGGGGGUGGGAUAGGGGGGUGAGAGCGAGGGAACACCUGUAGUACUUUUUAACAAAGCUGGUUCUUGGUGUACCAAAUUCUGAUUCUCCUCUCUCCGUCUCUCUCUCCCUUCCCCGCUAUUUUUUCCCGCUCUCUUGCUUCGAGACGCACUCCACUAUCCAAACGCCUGGAACAGAGUAAAAGAGAAUACCUUGCCGAGAUAUUCUGUUAUAUGUGCAUGGCGUUUCGGUUUAUUUAUAUUAUAACCUAACUUAUGCCGUGGUCAAAAUGUUUCAAAGAUUUUGCAGGAGUACAGCAAGCCAAACAACAAGCAGGUCCUCCCUGACGGCAACAUAGAAGAUAUUUUGAAGAGAAUUUUACAGAUUAUCGAUAACACAAACUAUGAAAACCAUAAUGUGAGGAGCAGAAACGGUGAGUAUGUCUGCAUGGCACUGAAAAGUUACUGCCACAUUUUCAGGGGUUAAUUUGACGUUCAUACCUUUGUGUGCGCUUAAGGUACGGUUAAACGGGCAACAAAAAAACGUGCAACUUAUCUUGCAACAUUGCUGCAAAACGAGUUGAAUAGCGACGUGGUGCGUUUUACCACCCACAUCAUCAAAUCUGUCUUGCAACAAACCAGGGGUCUUUGAUACACGGGGAUUAUCCCCGUUCAUUGACCCGACGGUUAUGCCAUGCUGAUGAGCCGAAACAGCUGUCCAUGGCUGCCACUGCCCGGGUGAUAUGACUGUCCGCUUGCGUGAGGUACUGGCCAGGCUGUGGGUUGGUGUAUGUGUGCCCCUUGCUUUAAGUUUGCCUUGUUUUAACAACCUGGUUUGAACGAGGGUAGUAAAACGCGCAACAUCGCUUUUCAAGUCGGGCGUUUUGCGACAACAAGUUGUGCGUUGUUGUUACCCGUUGUUCUAACCUGAGAUCAGGCUCUCUUUUCGUUUCGCUUUGUAAAUAACAUUCUGGCGGGCAAGGCGGGAGUACGUAAGAGAGGAUGUAUGAGAACCGCUAAAAUUGGGCCUGAUCUUAGAUUACCGUUUUACCUAAGCUUUAGACAAGAAAAACAAGACAUUUAUUACCUUAAUAUUAUGACUUACAAUUUCUUGGCACGCAGUUAGCCCAAAAGCUAGUCGUGGAUUGCCAAAUUAAUUCGGUAGAAAAGUACAAACAUCACCUGAUUCCAGGCUCCAAGAUAGUCGGGUCCGCUGAAUUGACGAAGCGCGAACACGAAACUUUUAGGGGAGGAAACUGGGGAGAGAAGGGACCUUUUUCCCUUUUUCCUUUUUCCCGCCCCGCCAACUUUUCGCGUGCUCUUCACUUUCGCGUCUUCCCCACUAUCUGAGAACCUGGAACAGGCUAGAUAAUAAGUAAAUAAUAAUUAGGGAGGUAACUACAGUUUUAUCUUGUACUAUUGCCUAGUUGUGGUUGCCAUCAUAGAAGCUUUUUCUCCCCUUUACUUCCGCAUCGAUUUAACAUAAGGAUUUAUAUUUCUUUGCAGAGGAGUUUCAAGAAUUUCUCUCCUGCUAUCCUGAGUUGACUACAUUACUAUCAACUCUGCUGCCAAAUAAGACCUCCGUUGACAAUCACCCCAGGGAAUCGAUACUUAUCUAA